GAGAGCUCUCCAAAGAAGCAUCCUCUAAACGCGUAUGUGAAAAGGAAAGGCGUACAGCCACCGUUAAGGAUUUCUGUUGUGCAGGUCCGGUUAGUACGGAAAAACCAACGGUGUGUGAUUAGUGGUUCCCACCGACUGCUUUAACGAGCUACUGAGAAAUGGGGCUCCACACAACACGUGGUGUGCUCGGGCCGUUAUCGUUACUUGUGCCGUUUGGAUACACCGGAAUGAAAUUGGAUUAUUGAAUUAAAACACAACUUUCUCGUGUUCUCAUACACGAAACGAUUCGAGUGGAUAAUGGAAGAUACCGCUCUUCGUACAAUUGUGUAUGACUUCAAACGAGGCUUGGCGGAAACAAUUCUAUUGUUAGUGUUGCCGAGAGGUGGAAGCCCAAAUGAAUUUCUAUGUGCGAUUCGCGUACGAGUGCUAAUUGUCAUAAACGCAAACUGAACGGAAAUGAUAUGGAUGAACCAUUACGACGAUCGUGAGCCUUUCCAUGGUUGCUGCAGCCAGACUGGAGAGACUGGAUACGUGCAGAAGAGAACGAAAUGAAGUUCGAACAAAAUUCAGUGUAGUGGAUGAUAGAGAACAAUAAAUAUAACUCAAGAUGCCAUGCAGACCAGGGAAAAGGAAAGUGCAUGGUUACCAAGAAAAAUGAGCUGUAUAGAUAUUAAAUUCAAUUACAGUAAGUGAAGUUGAAUAGAAGCUGGGUAGUGAAGGAGAAGUGCCACAACGAUGAUGACAGGCAAAUUCAAAAGAUGCCAAGGAGAAAAGUUCCAUUCCGAUGUUUGAAAGAACGGAUGCUGAGAAGAUACGAACGAUGUGGAAGUGAAAACUUUUUAUAGAGAAAUAUGUGCCAUCAGUGAUUGUGAUAAAUUCGUCUUCAAGCAGAAAAUGUAGAAGAGGUAAAAUAUUUUGUGAUGACAUCGUCGUACUGCUUGCAUCAUCAAUGUAACAAUGUCGCGUUCGCGACUAUUGUCUUUCUGCUCACGACGAUGAUAGAUAUGAGAGAACAAACCAUGUUAACCGAACAUCCUACAACAACAGAAUACGUACCAUAUUCUAAACAAAUCACUUCCAAUAGCAAAUUGUCGACACCGUCGGUGCCAUCGUCGCCGGAGAAGAUAUUGCGAAAUGUGACAACGACAGACACGGUGACGUCCUCGGAACUGAACGAGGACAGGUCUUCUACAUCUAGUGCUCAGCAGCAGCACGAGGCAGCGGCCCUAUUGCAGUCUACACCUACAACUGCGCUGCCAAUCUCUACUGCGGAACUACCAAGAGCCACUGCAACUGUGGCACAAACUAUGGAUCAAUACAAAACCAGCUAUAGCAUAAAAUUCACAACUUUUCGACCAUUACUAGUACCUACUUUACCUGAUAUUCGACAUAGGAUUAUUCAUUCGAUGCCUUAUCAGUCCAAGCAUCAUUACGAGCGACAUUGGGGUCCAUUUUUCGAAGAGCCACUCAACGUGACUUCCGGAGCAUUGCAAGUGGGCUAUCAUUUGUCAACGGAAGCAAUUCUCAACUGUAGGGUAGGAAUGCUCAAGGAUAAAACGGUGAUGUGGAUCCGAAGAACGACCGAUAAGGUAUCCCUCCUGACGGUAGGUAACAACACGUACAGCGGCGAUCCAAGGAUAAGGGUUAAAUUUCAAUAUCCGAAUAAUUGGCGCCUACAUAUCAACCCAAUCAAGAAUGACGACGGUGGCUUGUACAUGUGUCAAGUAUCUACGCAUCCGCCCCGAGUUUUCGCCACCAAUCUCACAGUUCUUGAACCAGCAGUUCGAGUGGUAGAUGAGAUGGGAUACGAAUUCUAUGAUCGGUACUAUAAAUUAGGUAGCACAAUCGAUAUAUCAUGUCAGGUGUCGUUAUCGUAUUUGGCAACACUGCCAACCAAAGCAGCACCAGUGUUGGCCAACAUUCUGCAGCUGAUGCCAACGGGGGAAACGAGAACGGCCAACUCCAAGCUUUUCAACGAGGGAGCGACAACUAGCAAUAACAAUAAAGAUAAGACCAAGCAAUCGUUACCGCAGAACGUCGUUUGGAAAAAAGAUGGCGCCGCGCUACCGAAAGAUAUUAAGCUCAGCUCAAGCCUUUCGAAACAAUGGUUCAACAGCAGGCUGUCCAUAAUACAGGCCGAACGAGCUCACAGUGGACUCUACACUUGCACAGUGGCCGACAAACAGACGACAUCCGCACAAAUCCAAGUGCUGAACGGUGAGACUCCAGCUGCGGUUCAACACAACGGAGCAGAUAAAGAAAGGGCUAUUUCGGCACUUAUCUUCUAUUGCGUCCUCUGCUGGAUUCAGUUGCACAUAUCCUAUACGUAAUGUUGCCGUACGACCCGCAUCCAGCUAGCGACAAUAUAUCAAUCACUCCGAAACGCGCUACCAUCAAGAUUAAUUAUUUCGCUGGCAGCAAGUCACUGUCUCUGAUUCACUGAUUUCUGACCGACAGAGAGACGGCCGUCGGGCAUCAACAUUCCUUCGCAGAUGGUCAUAAUCAGCGAUAUUUUCGACAGGCAUCCGAUUAGGAAAGACUUUGGCAGGAAUAAUGAAGCGCCUCCGGUGAUAAAGGGAAAAGAAUGGAACCCAAAAGUCAUGAUUUAUGUAUCAUUUUUCAUCUCUAGUACAACUUGACCGAUAUCAUCCUGAAUAAGCGCUCGUUUAAUCGUCGUUUUCAGCACCAUUGUUAUUCUAUUGAACCUUCAUCCUUUUCCAUCUCUCCACCUCCCACCAGACUUCCUUCCGUUCGCUAUUCCCUAACGAGAAAUGCAAAUGCGGGGCAACGACGACCAUUCACUUUCGCACAUUACAGUGACUAAAACCCAAUCAAAAAAUACAAAAUCAAAAUGUACAUUAUUUUCUAGGGAUUGAAUUUUAACGAAUUGUUAAACGUUUAUUAAGGAUUAUGUAAAUACACGUAGUUGAACAAGAUGUUUCGAGUCAGCAAACCAGACGCGAAUGAUCAGUUUAGGUGUCUGAAGGAUUUUGGAGAUAAGGGAGCAUCAUCAAUUUCAUCUGAACGAAUGUUUGAAGCAGAAUGGCAGACGAGCAAAACAAACAGUGUUAGAAGUAAAUAUAUCUUCAAAGUAAUUACUACCAACUCUAUAUAUAUAUAUACAUAUACCGAACACCCCACACAAACACACUUUGACAAAAGCCAACUGUAUCUACUAAAAUGAAUGUAUUAUGUUCGAAAUGAAAACAAAAAACAACAAACUGGAUGAAAAAUUGUACCAUUAAACCAAGAAAAUGAAGACAACACAAAAUAUACGAACAGAGAACUAAGACAUCUCAACCAGCGUAUA